AUGACUAGAAUUAUUGCUGUUACUGGUGCCACAGGUUAUAUUGCCGGACAUAUUAUCAAAGAAUUGCUCGAACAUGGACACAAUGUCAGAGCAAUUGUGAGAGAUUUAACCAACAAGAAAAAGUAUGAAUAUUUGAAACAAUUUGUAAAGAAUCAAGAUGAUAAACAGUUGGAAUUUGUUGAAGCUAAAGGAAGUUCCAUUGAGGAUUAUGCUCCAGUUUUGAUUGGAGCUGAUGCAGUCAUUCACACUGCUACACCAUUUGUAGUUACAGCAGAAGAUCCUCAACGUGAUAUUGUUGAUCCAGCUAUUAAUUUGACACGAGCUGUCAUUCUUGCUUCAAUUAAAAGUAAGGUAAAGAGAGUUGUUGUUACUAGCUCAGGUGGUGCAUUCCUCAAUAACCCAAUUCCAGAUAAUUAUACCUACACUGCUAAAGAUUGGAAUGAAUCAUGCUCCUUGACCAAUAAUCCAUACUUUUAUUCCAAGACACUUGCUGAGAAGGAAGCUUGGAAACUCUAUGAAGAACACAAGAGUGAAUUUGAGUUGGUUGUUGUAAACCCAUUGUAUGUUUUUGGUCCAUUAUUGAAUGGUGAGCUGAACACCAGUGUUAAACAUGCCUUGGCCUACUUGAUGGGAUACACUCAAGAGGUUUAUCCAAUGAGUACUGGAUUUGUUGAUGUGAGAGAUGUUGCCAAGGCACACGUCAUUGCUGUUGAGAAUCAACAAGCAGCUGGACAGAGAUUAUUCUGUUGUGAUUCAGUUCAUGCAAUGGAAGAUCUUCCAAAAGAAAUUAAGAGACAAUAUCCUCAAUACCCAAUUGGAGCAUUCGAAUUCAAUACCAAGGCACAAUUAUUCUCAAUCGAUGUUGAACCGUUGAAGAAAUUUGGACUAACACAAUACAUUGGAUUUGAACAAAUGGUCAAGGAUACAAUCGAAUCACUCAUUCAUUUUGGCCUUGUUGAGAAGAAAUAA